AUUGAAGAAAAUAACAUUUAUUUAACAUCAGGUUAUAAUGUUCAAUUAGUUCUGUUAACUGAUUAUCAGUUCUGUUAGCUGACUGUUAGUUAUAUUAGUUGACUGUUAGCAUCCGUUAGUAUUUCGUUAAUAGAACUAACAAAUAAAUUGAAUUUAAAUUUCAUGUUUUUUAUAACGAAAUGCUAACGGAUGUUAACAGUCAACUAAUAGAACUAGCAAAACAUUAUAACCAGCAAAACAUUAUAACCUGAUAUUAGGUGAGGGCUAUUUUCUUUAAUUUGUAUCGGUAAGAUGCUAAAAAGAUCAUAAUAUAAAGUAAGAGGUUAAAACCUACCAAUUUUGUAAGGUGAAGAGCUAAAACUUAUCAAUUUUAUAAGAUAAAUAGUUAAAACUGUCAUGUUAGGUGAAUGACUAAAACCUACCAAUUUUAUAAGGUAAAGAGCUAAAUGUUGAUUUUUGCCCUUUUCCUCUCCCUAAAAAAGCACCAAUCUUUGUCUAAUCUCAAACUAAGCAGGGCAGUGAGAGAGAGAGAGAUAGAGAGUGUGACUCCUCCACAUAGCAACGGCCGUAGCCGAUUUUGGGAUGCCGGAAGGAAGGCCGGUCGCCUUGGCUCCGUCGGUGGUGGGUUUAGAUGGGGUUUUUUGGCGCUUGAGAAAUGUGUUGAAAGUUCAAACCGAACUAUACAGAAAAAAGAAAAGCGGAGGAAAAUUUUGUUUGUGAGAUUUUAUUUCUUUAAAAUUUUAUCUUUCUUUUUUUUAAAAAAAAAAAAUAGGGUUUUGGGGGGAUUUAUAAUGUGAUUAUGUGAAAAGAACAUCCAAGAGAAAAAGGAUUGGAAUUUGUAUUGUAGAAUGUAAAGCAAGGAUUUAGUGGAAUUUGAAUGUGAAAUAUUGAUGAUAUUUGAGAGGGUCCAUUUUGUGUAGGAAUGGUACAAAAGUUGCCUUUUUU